CUCCUGGUCACUAGAUUUCUUUCGGUUGUGUUGCUUAUGCCGCCGUCGUUAGCCGAGUAUUGAGCUACCAGCUGACCUACUUUCUCUGGUCCUGUUUACAAGCCACUGCCAGCGGAGGAUGUGGAGUACAGUGCCUGGGAAAAUAGACGAGCACAGCCCGCAACUAGCAAACACCAUACAUGGGAAAUUUGCUCGCGUGUUGAUAUAUUAGGACAGCCAAAGCAACAGACGGCGAUUAAUAACAGCACGUUAUUAACUUAGGCGCUGUUAUGCAAUUUAACGCUUUCAGCGCUGUCUCCUGGUCAGUCAGGCGCUGGUAGUUGCGCUCAAGCUCGCUAUGCUUUAGUUCAAAAAAAAAAAAAAAAAAAAAAUGACGACAUGGAUUAAAGUUAUGUGUGGAUUUUUAUAUAGGCUGGAGACCCGUUUUCAAGGAUUUGGUGUUUCUUUGGUGGACUCGAGGAGGUGGUGGGCAACUGGUCCGUGGUAGUUUUCUUUCCAAAAGAGUGUUCAGUCGAGGUCAGCACGGAUGGGACUUCAGGAAAGGCCUGGUUGGGAAAAGGAGUGAGUAUGGACAACCUUUCCGACUUUGGGGGCACCUGUCCAUCCACCUGCAGGGAAUGGGACACCAACAGCUGCGUGGACGAUUUAAUGGACGAAGAUGAGAAAGACAGGGCAAAAAGGGCAUCUCGUAACAAAUCGGAAAAGAAAAGAAGAGACCAAUUCAAUGUGCUCAUCAAGGAGCUAUGCACCAUGCUGCAGAGUCGAGGCCAUCCGCGCAAGAUGGACAAGUCCACCAUACUGCAGAGAACUAUUGACUUUCUGCAGAAACAGAAAGACAUCACUGCACAGAACGAAACUUGUGAUGUAAGGCAGGACUGGAAGCCUUCGUUCCUCAGUAAUGAGGAGUUUACUCAGCUAAUGCUGGAGGCUCUAGAUGGUUUCUUGGUUGCAUUAACUACAGAUGGCAACAUCAUAUACGUAUCUGACAGUGUGUCUUCACUCAUUGGCCAUUUACCGUCAGAUAUGGUGGACCAAAAUAUCUUAAAUUUCCUCCCGGAGCGGGAACACGGGGAGGUGUAUAAGCUGCUAUCAUCCCACAUGCUGAUGACUGACCCCAUUGCUGCUGACUUCCUUGACAGUGAUGCACAUAUUGAAUUUUGCUGUCAUCUAGCCAGAGGUAACAUUGACCCAAAGGAGCUGCCUGUAUACGAGUACGUCAAGUUUGUUGGAGAUUUCAAGUUUCAUAACAGUGUGCCUAUAUCUUGUAACGGGUUGGAUCUGACGUUACCAAGAAGCCUGCAGUCAUCGCUGGAGGAGCAGGUCUGCCUCAUUGCUACUGUACGAUUAGUCACUCCACAGUUUCUAAAGGAUUUGUGUAAUGUGGAAGAUCCUUGUGAUGAAUUCACAUCCAGACACAGCCUUGAGUGGAAGUUCCUGUUUUUAGAUCAAAGGGCUUCACCAAUCAUAGGAUAUUUACCCUUUGAGGUUCUUGGAACCUCUGGCUAUGAUUACUAUCAUGUGGACGACUUGGAGCUUAUAGCUCAGUGUCAUAAGCAGCUAAUGCAGUUUGGAAAGGGUAAAUCCUGCUACUAUCGCUUCCUGACCAAAGGUCAGCAGUGGAUUUGGUUGCAGACUCACUACUACAUCACGUACCACCAGUGGAACUCCAAACCGGAGUUCAUUGUCUGUACUCACACUGUUGUCAGUUACGCUGAAGUGCGAGCUGAAAGGAGGAGAGAGUUUAGCUUUGAAGAACUGUCUCCACCUGAGAUAGCUCCCUCCUCAGUGAAGGCUCAGGAGUUGUACUUGGACAUCUGCUCCACACUGGAUCCUCCGCGGGACAGAGACAGCGGUGCACGUUCGGUAUCCUCCCACAGCUCGCGCAAGUCCUCCCACACAGCGAUGUCAGACUCUGCAUCAGCUAACUCCUACACAGAGGCCUGCACACCAUCAUGGCAGUCUGCUUCCAUUGGGACAGAGAAGACAUCUGCCAGACUCCAACCUAGAAGUUCAAAGAAUUUGGCACAAAGACAAAAUUCCUUUGACCUCGUUCCCCAACUGAGCCUCCCCCUUUCUCCUACCUGCAGCAAGCACUCCGCAAUGCAACAGCAAACACAGCAGCCGCAGCAGCCGCCGUCGUCGCCCAUGUAUCCGCUGCAGCAGCCGCAGCUCUGUGUAAUGAGCCAGCUGAAGGAACAGCUGGAGGAGAGGACGCGCAUUCUGCAAGCUGACAUUAAGACGCAGCAGCAGGAGCUGCACGACAUCAAGGAGAAGCUUCAACUCGCUAAUUUCCAGAUGUUGUUACAGCAGCCUGUCCACAAUGACUUUGGCCAGGCCCAGCAGCAGCAGCAGCAGCAGCAGCAGCAGCAGCAGCAGCAGCAGCAGGGCUCGGGCAGGCCGGCCCCGCAGAGCCAGUCAGGGGUGAUCAGGCAGCUCUCAGGCCAGCCUAAACCACCGUCCUGCGGGGCCCACAGUUCAUCCCCUCACUCACUCCUGACAGAGAACAGCUCACCCUCGACGCAGGUCCAGCAGAGAAUUGCACGGAGCGGGCAGGCACAGUCGGUGAGCGUGCCCAUGCAGACGAACACGAGUGUGACGAUGCCCUUCUACAGCAACCCCAUGAUGUUCUCUCAGAACAACACGAGGUCUCUGCAGGAUGCAAACCAAAGACAGACAGACAGCGAGUUCAACCAAGAGGGACAACUACGCAUGCUCCUCAACCAGCCAAUGCAGACGCUGGUUCCCACUAGCAGUGUCACCACGCAGCCUUCCCAGUGCAACAUGGGCAUCUCCCAAACCAUAUACACCUUGGAGCAGCAAAUCAUCGGCCCUUCAUUCUCCAUGCAACAGGUCAACUGCAAUGCCGUCCUGGUGCCCUCCUUCACGUCUCCCAUUAUGAUCCCACACAACAGUUUCAUCACAAACCAGUCCCAGUCAGCCUACCACACUCAGCCUCAGGCUUCUCAGCACUCUCUGCAGCUACAGCAGCCCCAGCAGUUCUUUCAGAUGGCUCAAGGACUUGUGCACGGUGGAUCUACUCCAGCAUUCUUACACACCACUAAUGUCCCACAGCAAAGCACUGUGGGAUACAUUCAGCAGCAAACGCAGCAACUGCCGCAAGCGCAACAGCAACAGCAACAGCAACAAAGGCAAUACCAGCAUUCCCAAAACCAGACUGGCAGUGUUUCAGACUUUCGAAAUAUGCUGACUCGGUAGCGCUGUGGACUGCGUUAGAGCGCCGAGAUCUCCCUCUGUGCUGUCGCUGUGUAGGCGGCGGCACGUUGUGGCAUUCGGAAGUCAAACGUGACGUUGAGUUCUGCUGCGGAAAUGCCUGAAAGUGGAAAAUUGCUUGUAGUGACCCAACUGUUGAUGUGAAGCAAGCACGUUCAGAAGAAGCCGGCCUGUACAUCACCGGAGUGAAAACUAAGAACAGAGGCCGCAGUGACCCGACGUCACCUGCAGGAUCCGAGGAGGGUCGGAGGUGCUGGGCAGCGGGGCCUCGUCGCCAGCCCACAUCACGCUCAGGCAACUGUCAAACUGCAACAAAUGGAUUAUCAAAGCUAUCAGGAAGACACCACAUGUUUACAUGUGGAAGUAUUUCAUCUAAGAGAGUUUCCCUCUUAAGUGUCUGUUUGCACUUUGGUACCUGCCCCUACCCAAAAGUAAAAUAUUUAUUUUUGCCUAUAAAUGAAUGUUCUAUUUUUCUCACUAAUAAUGGCUUACAGCUUGACACCCCUCUCCCCAGUGACAUACAAUCAUCACACACAAUCAGAUUUUCAGCUCCAAUAGUAAAUGGUUCAUCUCAUGAAGAGAUUUUUGUACGUGGGAAGUGUAUUUCAGUUGGUAGACAUCAGAAGUCGCUCCCAUUUUUGUCCCCAGAACAACGAUUUACUUGGUUGUGAGAUUGUUCAAGGCAAGGCUUUACUGGGAAACAUGCAGCGGUAGGGUAACCGUCAUAUCUAAAGUCAGGUUGGGUAACAAUUUAGAUUGGAACACGCUACGCUGGGAUGCUGGGGGUGAAUAUUCUCCAAAUACUAGAAAGGUCCAUCUAGAUUUUUAAAGCCUCAAUCUGGGACUGAAGAAGCUCUGAAGUCCUGAUUUUCGGUUGAUUUGGACGAGCUAUGCAGUACGAGUCCUUAAACGAGCUACCGGGGGUGGGUGGCGGGGAGGAAUGUGUGCCUUUCACCAUGGUGCGUCCAAGGUGCGGUUUGAUGGUUGUGUCUGAUUACGGCUUUAAAAAUCCAGCUCAGGUCCAUUUGGAUUACAAAGUGAUAUUUUCAUAGGUCAUAAUUCAUUAUUUUUAGCAUCAGAUUCAAACAAAGACGUCUAGAUUUUUAAAGGAUGUUUUACAAAUGUAUGAUUGCUUUUGGCAACCUUUACAUCAGUAAGUCCAACCUCUUUUUGAACGCUUUCUAUAAUGAUAGUAGCCAAUAAGAUUUAACUAUUUACUAAAACCCUAAAUCACUUCAUGUUAAUUUACUACAUACUAUAUAUAUAUAUAUAUAUUUGAAAAGAAUAUAUUGGAUUAAGAAACUAGUUUUAUACACAAAGGUUGUAACUGAUUUUUUUUUGUUUAUGUUCAGACAUUGAAAGGUCAAGGCUGGUCAUAAUGUCUUACCCCACCUGGGUUAAUGCAAAGACCAGUCCACUGACGUGCAUGUGGCUCAUAGCAGUUUUCCAUACCACAAUACAACAAAGUGAUUUAAAUAACUUUGGAAAACUGAGAAAUGAUUUGGGUGCUUUUGACUGCUACCUGGAUAUUUGUGAAAAAUAUUGCCCUGUUUAUUCUGCAUUCCUGUUUAUUCUGGGCAUUCGUUUCAUUUGGUUUCGACCACCAGUCACUAAAUGUACACUCUAAUGACCAAAUGAGCUCAUUUUUUGCUUCCUACUAUGAAUGUGAUCUCAUCCAAAAACCAAAAAAACUGCCAGCAGAUAUAAUUUCCCCUGAAAAUAUAGAAACCUCCGAUGUGUUAUUGUGUAGAAUAUCAUACAACAGAAAACAAAAACACUGCAUUUGACAUUAUUUCAAAGUCGAUUCUUCAUACGUCUGAAAGUUGCUUGCAGUCAGUCCUGUCAGUAUUUUCAAGAUUUUAUACUGUGCUUUUUGUAUGACAAUCUCUCGAGUCCAUCACACUUUGAGAGACUCUUUGGUAAAGGAAAUCUUGCUGCGAUAUGCGUAACUGCACUCCUAUCUCAGACAGUCACUUUGAAUAUAAAAGGUAAGCAGACCUUAACAUAUUUUUCAAGAUGUAAUGCUUUUUUCUGCGUUCUUCGACAACAGCGUUGUCAGAUUGCAUCGCUGUGACAACGGUUAGAUAACAGUUGUAACAGAAAGAGGUUUGGAGUGUACUGGUGAAAACCGAUUGGCAGUCGAACGACAUCCAGGAAGAAACCACACUAAAGAACGUGCAUGCAUCUCUCUUUGGUUUAUGACAAUCAGACACGCUUGUCACCGUAUACGGAAACAGAAACUGACUUCAUCAUUUAAUGUGUUCCUGGAUUACAUAUUUGUUUUCAGCUCAGCAGGAAAAACAAGUUUCUGGUGACUCAGUGUUUCCUGAAAGUCUCACCCUGGAACCUGUACUCCACUUUAUAAUAAGCAGUCUUUUAUGCUCAAUAUGACAGUUGGGUCUCAGCUCACAUUGAAGUUAGCGGUGUCAUAGUCCCUUUCAAAAUUGGUGCUGUUCAUAGCGGACGACAGGACUCAACUGUCAAGAUCAAGAUCACUUUUAACAUGUACAUUCAGUGCCGAUUUACACUUUCCUAUGUGCAAUGUCAAUUUAAAAAAAAAAAAAGAAUGUUAAUUUAUACUGUUUUAAAUGUUUCACAACAGAUGUGCAAUGUAUAUAAAGGUGUAUAAUAAGCCAUUGUACCAUGUAAAUUAUAUGGAAGUAUUUUUUUAAAGAAAAUGUCCAAACAUUCCUCCAACCAUUGAUAUCAGCAGUAUCUUUUCUUUGUUAAAAGUUUUAGAUGUGUCCAGUGGGAAUGUGGUGCAGAGUGGUAGUUUUCCCAAAACACAGAAACUGUGGAGGAAAGGGUCACAUGUUCACCGUGAUCACGAAAAAAGAUUGAAUGAAGAAUCGGAAAUCCUUAUGUUCUCAUCAAGCGGAAUGUCAGACACUUUAAGAGUUCACAUCAGGGUGCAGGAACGCCUGACCACCUGUGUGGUCUUUAAAGCGUAGUUCAGCCAAAAAUGACUGAAGUUAAACUGAAAAGUCAUUUUCCUUUUUUUUUCAGUUCACUAGGUUUUAGUUUAGCUUUUAUAAGUGCAAUUGUAUAUCAUCAAAAUCUGUUUCAGACAGCUGAGGGAAAUCUCAGCCUCCCUUUAUGUAUGUCUAUACAUGUACAGGUGGUACAGCAGCAGUAAAGUGA